AGAUACGAGUUUUUAUCGUCGGGAAAAAACAAACGAGGCCUAGGAGAUUUUACAAACAAAACGAAAGCUGUUGUCCAACUUCCAAGCACUUGGCGACUCAAACCCGACAGGCGAACCUGAAUUCCCUAGAACAGCCAUAAUUCUUUGUUGGGGAUUGCAACUACAAAUUCUGUUCAACAUAACAUAUGAUGGAAUGAUCGAUGAGAAUGUCCAUAUCCCAAUUAAGCCUAUACUGUUUGUUUCUGCACGUCUUCAUCCUUGGGAUCUCGGCUAUCAGGAAGGAUGUGGGCUUUCUUCAGAAGCAGUUUUGCAGAAAUACAGUCCAAGGAAGAUACUUACUGUCUGAUGAUAAUGGCCAUGUCUGUGACGCGCUGUCAGUAAAUCCUCAGUCUCGCUGCUGCCCUGAAAAAGGAGACAAGUUCUCUUGUCAUGGUUGCAACGUUGUCUCAGAGUGCUGUAAUUCUUAUGAGUAUUGCGUUUCGUGUUGUCUAGAUCCUUCAAGGAUAGUAAAGGAACAAGUACUGGAAGUGAAGAUUGCCAAGCCAGCUUCUGCAGGGAAAUAUUCCAGUGUUUUUGAUUUCUGUGCUGGAAGGUGCCGGCAUAAUUCUGAGAGUGUGGUUCACGAAAAUGCUUACCGUAGUGAUUUCCAUCACUGUUUUUCUCUGCCUUCAAAUUCUUCAGCUGCGAAUUAUACGUUUUUAGAAGCCAGACUGAAUGGCAUUAAUGUUCUUGUUGGAAGGCAAGGUGAAUCCUGCGACUUGGUUUGCAAGUCAAAGGGACAGUCAUGUGUUCCAAAUAAGCUUUUGGUACUUAAUCAGUGUGACAUUAUCCAGAGAUAUAUGAGCUGCAAGGGAACUUGCCUGGCCAGUAUUGGAUCAGAUCAACCUGCCGAAGUUGUCGAUGACGCUCCUGAACAUUUGAAUCCUGGAGCAUGCUUGUAUACCCAAACACAAUCCAUGCUUUCUUGUUAUGGUUCACAUCAGCAUACAAGGAGGCUUUGCCCUUGUGCAUAGAUCAUUAUCAAGAACAUACAGGAAAAGCAAAGCAGGUAUCCAGCCUUGCUAACUCUUAAUAUGUUUGCAGGAAUUUCCACCGAUGUCCCAGGCAUGAGCUAUGAUGAUGUAUCUUUGUUGCCUCAUUUCUCCAAAUUGGCAUUCCGUUGUGUGGUUUGAUGCAUUAUAUGUACUGCAAUUGCUAGAUUAUUGCUCAUUGUAAGUUCUGCUGUCAUGGCAUCAGAGGAUGAGGGCAUUUCAGCAUGUCAUUCUGUUCCGACAUGGCUUCAAGCUCUCCGUCAUGGAUCGCAUUCGUGCAUGUUCUAUGGAAAUGUUAAUUUGUGGCCCUGAUAAAAGUUAGUUGAACAUUGUGUGGAUAAAGCGGUCAUUGGGAAACAAUUUCACUGCUAGAUUGAAAUCCACUUUAACCGAUUAUGAAACUUCUGUUCAGACCAUAGUUGAGGCUAGAAUGGGUGAAUCAGGCGAUACUAGGAAGUUAAUUAUGCAUUGCAUAAUCAAAAUGCAUAGGCUGCUUAGUUAUUUCUCAUCAAGUAUUAAAGAUUUUGUGUGGACACCUAUGUUAACAAUUACAUAUAUUAAAGAGAAGAUUUGAGGGAAA